GGCCCCCGCCUCCCUGCCCGCGGACUUGUCCGCUUCCAGGCCCACCCCGCACCCGGGACAGGGACUGGGCCGAACGGAGCCGCCGCGCCAGCGCCGCGCCACCAGCCGUGCGCCUAGCGGAUCGGAGCCGUGCGCCGAACUGCCCUGCCCCGCCCCGCUCCACCCGCGAGGACCUCGAACUCUUUGCCUCAGGGUUACCCUCUGGGAGGGAGGAGGCUGGCCAGAGCAGGGAGGAGAUUUCUGCUCAGAUGCCUUCCAGGUGGCCCGAGGCAGCCGGGAUGACAGCUCUCCCCAGGAACCCUGCUACCUGCUGAAAAACAUGACCAGCAAGUCCCGCUGGAAGCUCCUGGCCAUGUUGGCUCUGGUCCUGGUUGUCAUGGUGUUAUAUUCCAUCUCCCGAGAAGACAGGUACAUUGAACUUUUUUAUUUUCCCAUCCCGGAGAAGAAGGAGCCGUGCCUCCAGGGUGAGGUGGAGAGGAAGGCCUCUAAGCUCUUUGGCAACUACUCCCGAGAUCAGCCCAUCUUCCUGCGGCUUAGGGAUUAUUUCUGGGUCAAGACACCAUCUGCCUACGAGCUGCCCUAUGGGACCAAGGGGAGUGAAGACCUGCUCCUCCGGGUUCUAGCCAUCACCAGCUACUCCAUUCCCGAGAGCAUCCAGAGUCUCAAGUGCCGCCGCUGCGUGGUGGUGGGGAACGGGCACCGACUGCGCAAUAGCUCGCUAGGAGAUGCCAUCAACAAGUACGAUGUGGUCAUCAGAUUGAACAACGCCCCAGUGGCUGGCUAUGAGGGUGACGUGGGCUCCAAGACCACCAUGCGUCUCUUCUACCCUGAAUCUGCCCACUUCAACCCCAAAGUGGAGAACAACCCAGACACACUCCUUGUGCUGGUAGCUUUCAAGGCGAUGGACUUCCACUGGAUUGAGACCAUCCUGAGUGAUAAGAAGCGGGUGCGAAAGGGCUUCUGGAAACAGCCUCCCCUCAUCUGGGACGUCAACCCCAAACAGAUUCGGAUUCUCAACCCCUUCUUCAUGGAGAUCACAGCUGACAGACUGCUGAGCCUACCAAUGCAACAGCCACGCAAGAUUAAGCAGAAGCCCACCACAGGCCUGUUGGCCAUCACUCUGGCCCUCCACCUCUGUGACUUGGUGCAUAUCGCUGGCUUUGGCUACCCAGACACCCACAAUAAGAAGCAGACCAUUCACUACUAUGAGCAGAUCACGCUCAAGUCCAUGGCGGGGUCAGGCCACAACGUCUCCCAAGAGGCCCUGGCCAUCAAGCGGAUGCUGGAAAUCGGAGCAGUCAAGAACCUCACCUCCUUCUGACUCAGACUGCGGCUGUCCCCAUUGGUCUGCCCACUCUGCUGCCUGAGUGACUCCCAUGCGUGGCUGCGGGGGUGCCCCGGGGCCAGCAUGACCAGUUUGGACUCCCCCUGCGCUCUGUGGGGAGGGGUCCCAGGUCUGGCCAGGUCUAAGAUGAGGCCAUGCCCCUGGCUGCUCUUGUGGAGGC